GCGGGGUCUCCGGGUCCAGUCGGCGUGUUCUCGUGGAGUUAGAGAGACCCCCCAGUCCUGGCGCGGAGGAGCCUAGAGUUCCCCGCGUGCGGCCCGCGGGGCUUGGCGUCCCUGCCUGGACUGUGGGCGGUGGGGCGGGGUCCAGCUCUCCGUCCUCAGGUGUGCAGGGCAGAGGCUCAGGUCGCCCCAUCUGCAGUGCCCUGGAGUCCCCCCAGCCUUCGUGAAGGGGCACCUAUACCAGCCACUCGCCCUGGGCAAGCUUGAGUCAUUGUUUUAGUCAGAGCUCUUCAGAGUCAUGGGGACCCUCCCGUUUCAAGGCAGAGGUUCCACAGGAGCGUAGAGAUGCAGUCGUGGCAAAAUGGGAACAGUCGCCCAGACCGCGUGACAGGCUCGUGGAAAGGACAAGGCGGAGGAUGGGCGCAUGAGGGUCCCGGGGCCGUGCCCUGGUGCAGCGUGUGGACCCCGGCCCAGCCUGUACGACGUCGGCAGUAUGAGCCUCCCGAGCAGCGGGCCGGCGGGCAGCAUCUUUGACCUGGACUGCACCUCCGGGCAGGUCCGCUGGGCGCUGGUGGCCGCCGGCUGCACCUUCUACCUGGGCGUCUUCGUGGCCUGCCACCAGCUGUCAUCCUCCCUGAACGCCACCUACCGCUCCCUGGGGGCCCGAGAGCAGGUCUUCUGGAACCUGGCGGCCACGCGCGCAGUCUUUGGCAUCCAGGGCACCGCGGCGGGGCUACGGGCGCUGCUGCUGGACCCCGUGCUUCAGGCCGACAAAGUGCUUGGCCAGCAGAACUGGUGCUGGUUCCACAUCACCACGGCAACCGGAUUCUUCCUCUUUGAGAACCUCGCGCUCCACGUGUCCAAUGUGCUGUUCCGCACAUUCGACGGGUUCCUGGCCGUCCACCACCUCUUCGCCUUCCUCGGGUUUCUCGGCUCCGUGGUCAACCUCCAAGCGGGCCACUACCUGCCCAUGAUCACGCUGCUCCUGGAGAUGAGCACGCCCUUCACCUGCAUCUCCUGGAUGCUCCUAAAGGCCGGCUGUGCGGACUCGCUGCUCUGGAGGCUGAACCAGUGGCUGAUGGUCCACCUGUUCCACUGCCGCAUGGUCCUCACCUACCACAUGUGGUGGGUGUGCCUGGGCCACUGGGACAGCCUGGCCCGCAGCCUCUUCCCGCCGCACUGGGCGCUCUUCGUGGUCGGGCUGGGCCUCCUCACGGUCCUCAUCAACCCCUACUGGACCCGCAAGAAGACGCAGCAGCUGCUCCACCCUGUGGACUGGAACUUCGCGCCCGGCCGCCCCAACGGGCCGGCGCCGCCGAAGAAGACGAGGUAGCGGCCUCGGCCCCGACUGUCCCCGCGGCGCCGACCCCAGGCCGCGUGAGUACUGACUUCCGCGUGGCGCCGAGUACCUACACCUGAGCGCGCCUCGGGGACAGAGUCCCGCCGUGGUGACGUCACGGCUCCAUGUGCUCAUUCCCGCGAGCUUGGCCUGUGUGCGCCGUCGCCCCAAGGAGGGCCCGCGUGGACGGGUCGCACUAAAGCGUGUGUGCGUCUUAUUCAACAGCCCCGUUUUUUUUAGUUGGAGAGAACUGUCCCAAGAGAACAUAAUCCUGUCCCUUACCCUGCUGACAUUCCCAGGGCUGAGGUGUAAGCCGCGUCUCCGCAGCGCCAUCUCGUGGUGAGCGCGGGGCAUCGGCCUGGCUUGCGGCUGGGGGAGGGGGAGGGGUCUUCUCACCAGGGAAGCUCAUCCGGCGAAGAGUUUUGUUUCCGUUUUGUGUUUCUCUGUUGACACAUUAAGAGAGGUGUUAGUAAUCAGAUUUGUCUAGAUUUUAGAGCUGUUUUUAACUAAGUUUCAAACAGGUGCCCCGCCAGACCCUACCUAACCCCCUGGUUGGUGUCUCUCUGUAGGUUUCGCCAGACCCUACCCCCUGGUUGGUGUGUCUCUGUAGGUUUCAAGUCGGGGCAUUGGUCACUCUCCCUGCGAGCUGUGGGUGGACCUGGCCCCUUGGAGUGCCCGGCUGCAGGGCCCCCUCCUCACCUCCCGGUGACGAGCCCGGGCACCACCUUUACCGUGUGGGGCCCGGGUGGAAUCUACACGCCGACCCGCAAUUUUACUGAUGAAUACGUACUGACAUCUUAUUCUUGCCAUGAGUGGGCAAUUAAAAUGAAAAUCUCGUAUUUACUGAAAGUGCCCUUGAACUGUUUUUGAAAAACACAUUUGUUGGUCGUGAGAAUCACGUGUACCUUGUGCUUGGUCUGUAACUCGGCCCCUCAGAAGGGUGUGUGCUGAUUUCUGGUACUGUGACUUGACUGUAAGUAGGUCAGGAGAUGUGAUACCUGCUUGUGUCAUUUUGAGAAGUGUUUCAAUCCUAGAAACAUCCAGCAAACCGUGUCCCUGCUGAGACUUCUCUCUCCCUCGCUGAAGACCCCGGGCACCUGCCGCCCGCUCUCCCGUCCGCAAGCGGGGGCGGGGGGGGGGGAGCUGCCUGUGUUUCCAGCCGGUCAGAACUUUAAUAAAGUAACCAAUGUUUACAGAA